CUGCAAUGAUUAUAAUUCAGUUCCACAUCACCAUCUCUAUCUCUCCAUUGCCUAUUUUCUUAUUCCUGUCAUUUAAUGUGCCCAACUAGCCUAGCCAAUACUCCCGAGUUUCCAAUCAAUUUUCCAGGCAAGUGCCACCUGUAGUUCAUCAACAUAAGCAAUCGUCAUCUGCAAUUCCAGGAGUCGAGAGUCGUUGCAAGGGUACCAUUUGCUUGUGAAUCUUUAGAAGGCAACCAGACAUGUCUAAUCCGACCAAUCCAUCAGAAGAGAUAGACGAGAUGCCCAACACAGCCGAUCAAUCAGAGGAAAUGUCGGACGAAUCCGAUCUAUCAGAAGAGACAGACGACAUAUCCGACACGACCGAUCGAUCAGUGUCGGGCCAAUCGGAUCUAUCAGAGGGAACACGGCAAACUUGGCAGCAGGGAGGUGUAGUCUACAGACAAUUUUCCGGCCUUAUGGAUAAAUGUCGAGCUGAGCCGAUGUCGAUUCAGGAAUCAGCCUCAAUCGAUCGAGUCGAAUCGAAGAAAGACUUUCUCAAUCAGCUUCAUUCAACCUUACUGCCUCUACUACAACAGCAUAUCGUCAAACUUGCAUCCGAAUUUAAGCUAGAUAUGCUGUGGGGAGACCGCGAUGCAAAAUUCAAAACUCUCUUGGAGAAUCAAUCCGAAUUGAAUCACAUUUUGGAUCAAAUCAACUACGCCAAAUAUUCAAUCUGUCCAGCAAAAUCUGAACCAGACGCAUCUACUUGUGACCAGAACCUGAAAGAAUUCAAAACCUAUAGAAUUUCCAUCCUAAGAGAAAAUUCUGCCGAUACCUUCUUGAAGAGUUACCGACAUCAGAGUACUCCAUGUAUUGCUCCGACGUGUUCUUCCUCAAAAGAUGUUUUGCUUCAGGAACAAGUGAAUGCUGCAACACGAUCGAUUCAACGAUUCGAUGGAUGA